UGUCCCAAAAUCUAGAACGUCACUAUAAAUAAAGCGCUCCCUUCCUCUGUUCGUUCCUCCUCCUCUGCCUAAAACAGAACAUUUUCGUUAACCACAACAAACAAGUUUCUCCUUUGCCUUCAAAAGCAUCAAACAAGUUAACCCACAAAGAACAUGGCCACCAAAGUCUACAUUGUUUACUACUCCAUGUAUGGACAUGUUGAGAAGCUGGCACAAGAGAUUAAGAAAGGAGCUGCAUCUGUUGAGGGAGUAGAAGUCAAACUCUGGCAGGUACCUGAAACACUACCAGAGGAAGUCCUUGGAAAGAUGGGCGCACCACCAAAGGCUGAUGCACCUUGCAUUACACCCAAUGAGCUUGCUGAGGCUGAUGGUGUUCUUUUUGGCUUUCCCACUAGAUUUGGGAUGAUGGCUGCACAGUUUAAAGCGUUCAUGGAUGCAACUGGUGGUCUAUGGAGAACCCAAGAGCUUGCAGGCAAACCUGCUGGAAUUUUCUACAGCACUGGCUCCCAAGGAGGUGGACAAGAGACUACCCCCUUAACUGCAAUCACUCAACUUGUUCACCAUGGAAUGAUCUUUGUGCCCAUUGGAUAUACAUUUGGUGCUGGUAUGUUUGAGAUGGAGAAUGUCAAGGGUGGAAGCCCUUAUGGUGCAGGAACUUUUGCUGGGGAUGGCUCGAGGCAGCCAUCUGAGCUGGAGCUAGCGCAGGCUUUCCACCAGGGCAAGUACUUCGCUGGCAUUGCAAAGAAGCUCAAGGGAACAGCUUGAUUUUCACUCGUGAAGCUACUAGUAUUCAGCUCUAUAAACAUGUUUCCUUUUUUCCUUUUUCUUUCUUUACAUUUUACUUGUUCCAGCUCUUUGGUCUCCAUAGAAUAAUAUAAGCUUCGCUGGGAUGGAUUUGCUGUCACAAACUUACAGUGUUUCUUCAAGACACUAGCAUCUUAUUAAUGACGAAACUUUUCAUUGAUUUAAA